AGACUAGGGCUGCAACCGCCCAAUUUCCAGCUGUCCACCUUCUCUCAGUUCCUUUAUAGGUAAUGGAGGAGGGUGGCAUAAAUGACCUCCAAAGUCUUUUCCAGUUCUGACUUAGGAAACGGGGAAGGCACUUCCGGUGGCAGGAGGGAAGACCAAAAGGAAGAGGAAAGGGAGGUGCGGAGGAGGUGCCGCGCAGCGCCGAGGUGGCACCCCUGGCUCCGCCCCGGCGCUCUCCCAGGGCCCCUAGCUUUCCGCUGGGCCCGGCGGAAAUGAGCCGCGGCUCCCGACGGGCGUGGGAGCCCCCAGAGUAGGGCGGGCGGCGCUGCGGGCUGGAGCAGCCCCGCCCUUCCCUGCCCCUGCGGCCGCAACCAGCGCGCGAGGGCGCUGUCAAGUGGCCCGGCCCUAGGGCGCUUGGUCCCUGCGCGCCACGCCCCUUGCCCGCCUGCCUGUCCUGGAGAGGCACGCCCCCUCCUGCUUCUACGCCUCGACCCCCUUCGGGGGCCCAGGCGGGGCCCAAAUCUCCGCCAGCUUCGCCGCCAUCGUCUGCGCUGCGUCCCUAGCUCAGCGAAGGACAGGCCUCGCUCCAGGACCCCCAUCGACUUCUAAGGUGCCAGAAUGGUGGGGGAACUCCGCUACAGGGAAUUCAGAGUGCCCCUGGGGCCUGGCUUGCAUGCCUAUCCUGAUGAGCUGAUCCGACAGCGGGUGGGCCACGAUGGGCAUCCUGAGUACCAGAUCCGCUGGCUCAUCCUCAGGCGUGGGGAGGAUGGGGAAGGGGGCUCUAGCCAGGUGGACUGCAAGGCUGAGCACAUCCUGCUGUGGAUGUCCAAUGAUGAGAUCUAUGCCAACUGCCACAAGAUGCUGGGCGAGGAUGGCCAGGUUAUCGGGCCUUCCCAGGAGACUGCAGGGGAAGCCGGGGCCCUGGACAAAUCUGUGCUAGGGGAGAUGGAAACCGAUGUGAAGUCCCUGAUUCAGAGGGCCCUUCGGCAGCUGGAAGAGUGUGUGGGCACCAUCCCUCCUGCUCCUCUGCUUCACACUGUCCACGUGCUCAGCGCCUACGCCAGCAUCGAGCCCCUCACUGAAGUCUUCAAAGACCCAAGAGUCCUGGACUUGCUUAUGCACAUGUUGAGUAGUCCUGAUUACCAGAUUCGAUGGAGCGCAGGCAGGAUGAUACAAGCCCUGGCCUCCCAUGAUGCUGGGACCCGGACCCAGAUCCUUCUGUCACUGAGCCAGCAAGAGGCCAUUGAGAAACACCUGGAUUUUGACAGCCGCUGUGCUCUGCUUGCUCUGUUUGCACAGGCCACGCUCUCUGAGCACCCCAUGUCUUUCGAGGGCAUUCAGCUGCCACAGGUCCCAGGAAGGCUGCUCUUCUCCCUGGUGAAGCGCUAUUUGCAUGUCACCUCCCUCCUGGAUCAGCUGAAUGACAGUGCUGCAGAACUAGGAGCCCAGAACAGCUCUGCUGCCGAGGAGUUGAGUGAGGAGAGGGGUCGGCUGGAGCUGGAGUUCAGCAUGGCCAUGGGCACCCUGAUCUCAGAGCUAGUGCAGGCCAUGCGCUGGGACUGGGCCUCAAGCAGACAGGGGCCCUCAGCUCGGGCCUCCUGUUCCAUCUUCCAGCCCCAGCCGGCAGAUGCAGACCCAGGGCUGCCACCCACGCAAGCCCAGCCCUCUCUCAGGAGGUCAAGGCGGUUUCGCCCUCGCCCUGAGUUUGCAAGUGGCAACACCUAUGCUUUGUAUGUGCGGGAUACGCUGCAGCCCGGCAUGCGAGUGCGCAUGCUCGAUGACUACGAGGAGAUCAGUGCUGGGGAUGAGGGCGAGUUCCGGCAGAGCAACAAUGGCGUGCCCCCUGUGCAGGUGCUUUGGGAAUCAACGGGCCGCACCUAUUGGGUACACUGGCACAUGCUGGAGAUUCUGGGCUUUGCGGAAGACAUUGAGGACGUGGUUGAGGCGGAUGGGUACCAGGAGCCUGUGGUCAGUGGAGCACAGGCUAUAGCCCUGCCCUCCUGGCGAUGGAAGCCCAUGACAGAGCUCUACGCCGUGCCCUAUGUGCUGCCUGAGGAUGAGGACGCUGAGGAGAGUGAACACCUGACCCAGGCCGAGUGGUGGGAGCUCCUGUUCUUCAUCAAGAAGCUCGAUGGACCUGACCAUCAGGAGGUUCUCCAGAUCCUCCAGGAGAACCUAGAUGGGGAGAUUCUGGAUGACGAGAUCCUGGCUGAGCUAGCCGUGCCCAUGGAGUUGGCCCAGGAUCUGCUGCUGGCUCUCCCACAGCGACUCGAUGACAGCUCUCUCAGGGACCUGCUCAACUGCCGUGUCUACAGGAAAUAUGGGCCCGAGGCCCUGGCAGGGCAGCUGGCUUACCCAUCCCUGCUGGAAGCCCAGGCUAAGCCUCAGGAAUCAGCACAUGCAUCCAGAGUGGAAGCAAAAGAGCCCCUGACUCAGUGCCCCAACACUCCCCUGCAGCGUCUGGUGGAGGGUUAUGGGCCAGCUGGGAAAAUCGUCCUGGACCUGGAGCAAGCCUUCAGCUCAGAGGGGACCCAGGAGAGCGAGGUCAAGCCAUUGCUGCUGCUGCUUCGGCGGCAACCCCAGCCCUUCCUCGCGCUGAUGCGGGGCCUUGACACUCCGGUGGCCAACAAGGCCCUGCACCUGGCUGUUCUGAGGAUCCUCAUGCGGCUGGUGGACUUCCCCGAGGCGCUGCUCCUCCCCUGGCAUGAGGCCAUGGACGCCUGCAUGGCCUGCCUGCGGUGCUCAGACACUGACCGAGAGGUGCUCCAGGAACUCAUUUUCUUCCUGCACCGCCUGGCCUCGGUGAGCAGGGACUAUGCCGUGGUGCUGAAUCAGCUGGGAGCCCGAGAUGCCAUCUCCAAGGCCCUGGAAAAGCACCUGGGAAAGCUGGAGCUGGCUCAGGAGCUGCGGGACAUGGUGUUCAAGUGUGAGAAGCAUGCCCACCUCUACCGGAAACUUACCACCAACAUCCUGGGAGGCUGUAUCCAGAUGGUCCUGGGUCAGAUCGAAGACCACAGACGAACCCACCGACCCAUCAACAUUCCCUUCUUUGACGUGUUCCUCAGAUAUCUGUGCCAGGGCUCCAGUGUAGAAGUGAAAGAGGACAAGUGCUGGGAGAAGGUGGAGGUGUCCUCCAACCCGCACCGGGCCAGCAAGCUGACGGACCGCAACCCCAAGACCUACUGGGAGUCCAACGGCGGUACCGGCUCCCACUACAUCACCUUGCACAUGCGCCAAGGCGUCCACAUCAGGCAGCUGACUCUGCUGGUGGCUGGUGAAGAUUCGAGCUACAUGCCGGCCAGGGUGGUAGUGUUCGGGGGCGACAGCACUGGCUCUCUUAACACAGAACUCAACUCGGUCAACGUGAUGCCCUCCGCCAGCCGGGUGACCCUCCUGGAGAACCUGAACCACUUCUGGCCCGUUGUCCAGAUCCGCAUAAAGCGCUGCCAGCAGGGCGGCAUCGACACACGCAUUCGGGGGCUGGAGGUCCUGGGCCCUAAACCCACGUUCUGGCCAGUGUUCCGGGAGCAGCUGUGUCGUCACACACGUCUCUUCUACAUGGUUCGGGCUCAGGCCUGGAGCCAGGACAUAGCAGAGGACCGUAGGAGCCUUCUGCAUCUGAGUUCUAGGCUCAACGGGGCUCUGCGCCAGGAGCAGAAUUUUGCUGAUCGCUUCCUCCCUGACAACGAAGCUGCCCAAGCCCUGGGCAAGACCUGCUGGGAGGCCCUGGUCAGCCCGCUGGUGCAGAACAUCACCUCCCCCGAUGAGGAUGGCGUCAGCCCCCUGGGCUGGCUGUUGGACCAGUACCUGGAGUGUCGGGAGGCUGCCCACAACCCUCAAAGCCGUGCGGCGGCUUUCUCCUCUAGAGUGCGCCGCCUCACCCACCUGCUGGUGCAUGUGGAGCCCUGCGAGGCGCCCCCUGCUGUGGUGACCACGCUUCGGCCCAAGGGCAGAAACAGAAGCCAUGACUGGAGCUCUCUGGCUACCCGGGGGCUUCCCAGCAGCAUCAUGAGAAACCUGACUCGCUGUUGGCGGGCCGCAGUGGAGGAGCAGGUGAACAGUUUCCUGACCUCACACUGGCGGGAUGAUGACUUUGUGCCACGCUACUGUGAACAUUUUAAUAACCUGCAGAAGUCGAGCUCUGAGCUGUUUGGGCCACGGGCAGCGUUCUUGCUGGCGCUGCAGAACGGCUGUGCUGGUGCCUUGCUGAAGCUCCCUUUUCUCAGAGCUGCCCACGUGAGUGAGCAGUUUGCCCAGCACAUUGACCAGCGGAUCCAGGGCAGCCGGAUUGGUGGGGCCCGGGGCAUGGAGAUGCUGGCGCAGCUGCAGCGAUGCCUGGAGACCGUCCUCAUUUUCUCUGGCCUAGAGAUAGCCACCACCUUUGAGCAUUACUACCAGCACUACAUGGCGGACCGUCUGCUGAGCCUGGGCUCGAGCUGGCUGGAGGGGGCCGUGCUGGAGCAGAUCGGCCCCUGCUUCCCCAACCGCCUCCCCCAGCAGAUGCUGCAGAGUCUGAGCACCUCUGAGGAGCUGCAGCGCCAGUUCCACGUCUACCAGCUCCAGCGACUCGAUCAGGAACUACUGAAGCUGGAGGACACAGAGAAGAAAACACAGGUGGGCCAUGAGGCCAGUGGCAAGGAGCAUGAGAGAGAGAACGAAGAGGAAGCUGAGGGAGCUGGGGCAGCAGCGGCAGCAGAAGUGACAGAAGAAGAGGAGGAGAACGAGGACCUCUACUAUGAAGGGGCAAUGCCAGAAGUGUCUGUGCUUGUCUUAUCAGCACGCUGCUGGCCCAUUGCUUCCAUCUGCCACACGCUGAACCCCAAAACCUGCCUUCCCUACUACCUGAGGGGCACUUUGAACCGAUACUCCAACUUCUACAACAAGAGUCAGAGCUAUCCUACCCUAGAGCAGGGCCCACAGAGGCGACUGCAGUGGACAUGGCUGGGCCGGGCUGAGCUACAGUUUGGAGACCAGACCCUGCAUGUGUCCACCGUGCAGAUGUGGCUGCUGCUGUAUCUCAAUGACCUGAAGGCGGUCUCCGUGGAGAGUCUGCUGGUGCUCUCAGGGCUGUCUCCAGACAUGCUGAAUCAGGCGAUUGGGCCUCUUACUUCUUCAAGAGGUCCCUUGGACCUCCACGAGCAAAAGGAUGUCCCAGGAGGGGUGCUCAAGAUUCGAGAUGAUAGCGAGGAGCUCAGGCCAAGGAGAGGCAACGUGUGGCUCAUCCCACCUCAGAUCUACCUGAAAGCCGAGGAUGAAGAGGGCCGGAACCUGGAGAAGAGACGGAAUCUUCUAAAUUGCCUCAUUGUCCGAAUCCUCAAGGCCCAUGGGGACGAGGGGCUGCACAUUGACCAGCUUGUCUGUCUGGUGCUGGAGGCUUGGCAGAAGGGCCCAUGUCCUCCCAGGGGUUUGGUCAGCAGCCUUGGUAGGGGGUCUGCCUGUAGCAGUACCGAUGUCCUCUCUUGCAUCCUGCACCUCCUGGGCAAGGGCACGGUGAGACGCCAUGAUGACCGGCCCCAGAUGCUGUCCUAUGCAGUCCCCGUGACAGUGAUGGAGCCUCACACCGAGUCCCUGAACCCAGGUUCCUCAGGCCCCAAUCCACCCCUCACCUUCCACACCCUGCAGAUUCGCUCUCGGGGUGUGCCCUAUGCCUCCUGCACCGGCACCCAGAGCUUCUCUACCUUCCGGUAGCCCUGGAGAUGGGGUCAGGGCUAGGUAGGGCUGGGGCUUUCUAAAAAAUAAAAUGCUGGAGUUUGAGUA